AUGGAAGCAGUUCGUUGUCUAAAGCAUGAUCAGCUAUGCAUGCUGAAGACAGGAACCAAAGCUGGUGCUACCCAAGGGAUGAGUUUCUAUGUAUGUAGCAGAACAGACUCCUGUGGCUUUGCACAGAAAACAGAUUUAGCUCCACAAGAUUGUCCCAACCACCCAGGUAACACAAUGGAGCUGCAAUCUUUGUCAAACAGCAAGACUUCUGGGGAGCAAAGGAAAUAUUUCCGUUGCCAUGGACGACCAGAAACACAGACAUGGUGUGGUUAUUAUUCAUCUAAGAACAACCCAUCAAAAUUUUCAGAGAAGAUUACAAGUCCGAAAGAAAAGGACACCCAAAGUAAUCUUAAAGUGGACCAUGCUGGUGGACCUGACACUAAGAGUUGUGUUGAUUCAACAACUUCAGAUCAAAUCUCGAAAAGAAUGGAAAAACUUGAUCUUGAUUCUGGUCAAAAAGAUCUGCAAGACAAAGAAAUUCCAAAAGUUUGUAGCAAACUUAAACUCAAGAAAAAUGCCAAGGUUGUGUCUCAACCACAGGAAGAAGUCAGUUUUGCUGUAUUAUCAGCACAAAGUAAACAGAAGAACUCCACUGGCAGUGACAAAAGUGGUUUCAGUGCUGAAAAGAAAUCUGUUUUAAACCAUUUGAAAAUGGGUGGACGAAGGGAGUCUACAGCUGCUUGUAUAGAUCUGACAAGUGACGAUGAAAAUGACAGUGAUGGUAAUAGUGACAUUGGACAUGAAGAUGAAAGAUUAGCAGAUCAGGAGCGUGACAUGUUAACACAAUAUGGUGAAAAUAAUGGUGUGGUCAGUCACAGUUCACCCACUUCUGUAUCACAGACAGGCUAUACAAAAGGUCAUGGCUCAGACAGGAGUCAAGGUCAGAUAAAUGAUGUGUCACAUGCACAGGACUCUAUAAGUAGUAAGACUAAUGGAACUGCAGAGGUAAGUCUUCCUACACAGAAAAGACCAGGGAUGUCAUCAGAGGAGGCCAACAUCACAGUUCCUCAGUCUACUAUUGAACAUGUCAGUAAAUCUACCAUUCCUGUACAGUCCGACAAGAACACAGCUCUUCAGUCAACUGUGAAUUUGUCCCAAAUGUCUAACCAUGGAGGGGUCCCAACACAGAUAAAACCAGUAGUGACCACUGGGCAGUCAAUGGUCACAGUUCCUGAACCAAUCAUUGUACACACAUCUCAAAGUACAAGUAAUACAGGUUUUCAAACAGCUAACCAGCUUAGUUUGAAGCAAGACAUUGAAGUCCGCGACAGUUUGUUAAAACGGUUACAAAAGCAGAAGCAAAUUAUAGCAACUGUGAAAAUGUCUACCCUACCAGACCGCGGUAAAAAGCUGAUGGAAGAAGUGGAGAAACUUCAGAAUACCAUUUCUAUCUAUAAUAAAAAAAUCUCUGACCAUAAUACUAGAAGUGAAAAAGGUACUAGUAAAAAUCCAGGAAUCACAGUGAUUAAGCUACCUGCCAAACCAGAAGGUCAACAGACAAGUACUGGACAGCACCAACAACUCCCCCCAGGUGUUAAGGUGAUUCGCCUUCCUGCACAGCCCGUAAGUGCCCAUGCCUCACACAAUCCUGACGGACUUCGUCAGACCAGCAUCCUGCCUCAUACAGCCCACUUACCUCCUCACAUUUUACAGCAAUUAUAUGCAGCCAACCCCCAAGCCAUGCAGCUAUAUGGAGGGAGAAUGACGGCUGCCCGUUUGAGGGAGGUUGGCAGUAUCACAAAGGAAGCCAUAGAAAAACUACACAAACAACUGGAGACCUGUCCUGGAGAGGAGAUUGAGCUUACAGAUCCCAAGGGGCUAACUGUUCCUCUGAUGACUCAUCAAAGAAGAGCACUUGCCUGGCUGACAUGGAGGGAGAAACAACAACCUCAGGGUGGAAUACUUGCGGAUGACAUGGGGCUAGGUAAAACACUAACCAUGAUCUCACUGAUAGCUAAGCAGAAUGAAUCACGAAAGGAUGAAGAACGAACGGAGGAUGAGGAGGAAUGGAAAAGCAAAGACAAGGAAAUGAAGAAAUUUGGAAAAAAUCUUGUAAAGUCUAAAGCCACCCUGGUUGUGUGUCCAGCUUCCCUAAUCCACCAGUGGCACAAAGAGAUUGAGAAACGGUGUCGUUCAAACCUUUUAUCUGUUCUGCUAUAUCACGGACCAAACAGGGAGCAAAAUAUUAAACGGCUCGCUGCAUAUGAUGUAGUCAUUACAACAUAUAAUAUUGUUGCAAAAGAAGUUGGCUCUUCGAACACAAAUGCCGAUGAACCAGUGAAGGACGAUGAAGAUGAAACAGAAAAUCCACAAUCCGAGGUGUCCAACCCUGCAUUGCAGUGUAACAUACUAAGAAUUGUUUGGGAGAGAAUUAUUCUGGACGAGGCUCAUAACAUCAAGAACCAUAAGAGCCUUACUGCUAUGGCUGUGUGUCGCUUGAGAGCUUCUCAUAGAUGGGCAAUCACUGGCACUCCUAUACAGAACCAACUUCUAGACAUGUACUCUCUCUUACGGUUUCUGAGGUGCUCCCCAUUUGAUGAGUACAAAGUCUGGAAACGUCAAGUAGAUACUGGAAAAUCCUCGGGACAGAAUCGAUUGAACAUUCUUGUGAAAUCGUUACUCUUACGGAGAACAAAGUCCCAGACAGACAAGGCUGGAAAACCCUUGGUUGCCAUGACAACCAAGUCAAGUCAGGUGUGGGAGUUAAAACUUUCAGAAAGUGAGAGAUCUGUGUACGAUAAAGUUUUCUCUCAAUCUCGGUCAGUACUGAAAGAAUAUCUAAGAAGACAGGAUGAGAAAGACGGUAUCACAAAAGAAAACGUCAAUCCAUUCAAAGAUCGUGAGAAUGAUGGUCGGGUUGAUGGGGCUGGAGCAGCCUCACAACAAAGCAAGAAGGUUGGCGCUCAGCAGAUCCUCGUGUUAUUACUGCGAUUGAGACAGUGCUGCUGCCAUUUGAGUCUCAUGAGAGAUGCAUUUGAUGAGGAGACAGCAGAGUCUGAAGGUUUAGAAUUAGACAUAGCAGAUCAGAUGAGGGACCUAAUGCUGGAAGAGCCAGGCAAACCAGAGGAACCAAAACUCACAAAAGCAUCACCAAUGUUUGAACAGUCAUUUCUAAGCACAAAGAUGAAAUUUUUAUUAGAAAAACUGAAGGAAAUUAGAGAAAAAGACAGAAGACAGAAAAGUGUAAUUGUAUCCCAGUGGACAAAAUUGCUGGAGAUUGUAGGUCUACAGUUGGACAAGCUUAACAUCAAAUACAGCAUUAUCAAGGGAAACAUCCCACCAAAGAAGCGUGCUGAAGCUGUAGAUGCUUUUAAUUCAAGUGGCAGUGGACCAGAAGUGAUGCUGGUAUCACUUCGUGCAGGAGGAGUCGGACUUAACCUUAUUGGGGGAAACCAUCUGUUUUUACUAGACCAACAUUGGAAUCCUUCUCUGGAGGAGCAGGCUUGUGAUAGAAUCCAUCGUGUUGGACAAAAGAAAGAUGUCUUCAUACACAGGUUUUUGUGUCGGGACACAGUUGAAGAGAAGAUUGUUCAAUUACAAAAGAGGAAACAAGCUAUAGCAGAUAAUGUUUUGUCAGGAUCUGGUGUAUCUAAGACAAAGUUAACACUUGCUGACCUCAGAAUGAUAUUUGGAGUGUAACUUGAAACUCUACUGCCUAAAGGUGUUGUGCUGGCCAUUUCUUAGGAGCAACUUUUCAAUAUGUUACCAUAAAAUCUCAUUGAUAUUUGUAGUAUAAUUCAUAUAUGUCUUGGUAGUGAUUGAAGAAAAACAAUUGCUUGCCUAAGAAUGACAUCAGUAGUUUAUCUUGACCUUUAACAAAUAUUUAGUUGUGACUGAUGUGUCUCCUAAGAAUCAUUAUUGCAUCAUUAAGAAUGACAUUGAAACCUCAACUCAAACUCAAGUCCCCAUAUUUAUGUUGUGGUGGAUGGUGCUUAAAGACUGUUAUCAUUGUCAUUAAAUUUUGUGUGGCACAGAGCUUUCUAUCAGAUGUAAUUAGCACUACUCUUAAAUCUUGAAAAUAAUUUUUAAGUUGAACAAUUUUACAUAAUUGUACAGAAUACUCAUCUGACAUGAUAAGAUAAUGGAGUAUAGUAAAUUCAGGUAUGUUUUUAGGAACAAUAACAUUCACCUUCAGAAUCAGCAAUUGACAUUGACAUUUUAGAUGACAUAAAUGUAGAUUUGCUUACAGUUACACUGGCAUCAUGCAAUGUUAACAUAUCAUGACAACUUUUUGAUUUCUGGUUACUUGUAGUAGGUUGUCGUGAUCCACUUCUCUUACUUUUUGCGGUUUUUCAAAAGAUCAGAUUUUUGUGGACUUUUGAUUUCAUAGAUUAAUAUAGGUAUAUAAAUGUACUAAUGUACUUACACUAAUUAUUCGGCAACAUGGAAGAAAACACCAACUUAAUGAUCGACCUGCCCCCUCUCAGCUAGAAGAUGCCAAGUCCUUUUAAAAGGUUUAUUACAUUCUUAUUGUGUAAUUUUAAAAAAAUAUACAGACAACAUGUCAUUGUCUUCUUAAAAUCAAACUUUAAUCAAAGCCAGUUAUUGACAUGCUUCAAAUCUUCAGCAGAUCAUCAUCAAAACAACAGUUGUUGUUUUUUUUUUUUUUUAUUUUGACAUCAUUUAUACCAUUGUAAACAAGAAAUAGUGACUUCAUAAAUGCUGAGAUGAAAUAAUCUUAAACUGCAAAAGAGCUCAAGGGUUGACAGUAUGAAUAAGAAAGUAGAAAUAAUGUUUAAAGAAAAAAACUUAAACUUGUGAUGUCUGAUCAGCCUUAUUAUAUCUGGAUUAUAAGAUGACACAGACUUGUUGUCCACACAUUUGUUCUACUAUUUUUGCCAUGUUUGUGUAGACUCUGUACACCAGGGGUAUCUAUGCCAGUGUCUGAUGGGAAAAUCAGUUGAACACCAACAUUUAGGAACGAUGUGCCUCCAACCUUCCAGGAGUGUAUAAAGGUACACAAAAUGUUGGUUAAUUUCAUAUAUAGAACUAAAAAUGAGAGGUUUCAGUUUGAGUUCUAGUUUUUGUUUGCGACUCUCAUAUCUACGAGAUCCUCUGAAGGUGAGGCUUUGUUCUUUCCUUUGGUAGUGCUAAAUGACAAAGAAAAUGUUGUUGGUAGAUCGUUUUGGAGCAAUACCAGGUUGAAAAAAUACAAGUCAUUGCAAUGACCAUUUUAAUUGUGCAAAGAACAAAUACAGUGUUAUAAUUAUGUACACUAUAUUACUUCAUUUCGAACAACUGCAUCAUGCAGGUAUUUAUUUUACCAAUAAAGAA